UUCUGAAACAAGUCAGACACAGAAAAACAGCAUUUUUUCCCAAAAUGUAGAGCCAAGCUUUAAGAAAAUGAUGGCCCAACACAAGGCUAGCAAAGAGAAAGCCAUUGCACAGCUUCAGGAGUACAGGGCUCUACAAAUGAGAAGGUUCCAGGUGUCACAUGGAGGUUUACCACACAACACUGUAUCAACACAGCAUAGUUAUAGCAAUAACUCAAACAAUGAUGAUGUAAUUGUUUUGGAUGAGCCAACUGACUUUAUUAUACCAAAGAUUUCUGGAACACCUUACAGAAAUACAAGACCCAAUAUAAAUUGUCAGGAAAGCAGGACACAUUUUGUUUCAAAAACUCAUGGCAGUGGAACUGAAUAUCAGUAUUCCAAACAUAGUGCAACCAGUCAGUGUGACGAUAGUCAUGUGAUCAAACCUAGCCAAUCCAAUUCUUUAUCUGGAAGUCACAUGUCCACUUCUAACCAAUCGAAAUACAUGUACCAUGAGAAUGAUCACAUGACAGAGGUUAACCAAUCACAGUCUAGUGCUAACAAACAUUCAAAUGUUACUUGUGGUAACUGUGGGGAGAAAGGACAUAACAGAACAUUUUCUAGAUGUCCCAGAUAUCACACUGCAGAAGAAAGUGCUAGAAGAGAGGCAAAGUUGGAGAAACAGAGGCAACAAAAAGAAGAGAAACAGAAACAAGAAGUUGAAACAAUACAUAUGUUGUCUGAGCACCGGCGUGUACUGGAGGAGAUGACAUCUCAGAUACAAAGAGAGAUGGGUACCAUCCAGAAUAGGUUACAGCAGAGAGCAACUGAACUCGAAUCACAGGUCAAUUCAAGAGUGAGGAAAAUUGAAAACGCCAACAAAAAGAAAAAGAAAUGACUUUAUUCUUUACACCUAUUCACUGUCAUUUUGUAUCUCCUAGGGAGGCAUGUAGUUUUUAAAUUGUUUGUCCUUCUGAAUAGAUGUUGCAAUAGAAUGUUGUUAACAGAAUAAUAGAACACUGAGAUUCCUUCCAUAACAUUACAAUAAGAAGUCUUUCUACAACAAAAUGAAUGAUUGGGCCCUUGUAUCAAUUCUUUUAUAUGUCUGUCUGCUUUUUGUCCGAUCAUUCAUGGAUGGAAUAAAAUAAAUUUAGGUAAAUAUGUUCCUCAUUAAAACUAUGUAUUGAAGGCAAUACCAAGGUUUCUAGCUCAAAAGGUUACAAUUAGGCCAAAACAAUAUCCGUCCAAACUCAUGAUUUGAUUGCAAAAAUAUGGUCUUUUAUUGCCCAAGAAGCAGAUCAGGCAAAAAGUCAAGGUCAAAUACUUUAGAACAUCGAUGGUCGUGUUAGGUUAUCACAUCCCUCAUUCAUUGAUCGUAUUUGGAAUAUGUAGGUGUAAAUUUGACAAUUUGUCACGCCCAAAGGCCAGGUCAACUAGGAGAAAAGUCAUGUCAAAAUAGUACAUUGAUUGUUGUGUCUGGUCAUUUCUCAGUCAUUCAUUCAUGGAUGUUUUUUCUGAUAUUUGAACAUACUGAGUAUGUCAGAAUUUGUUAAUGUUCUUUUUCUCUUGUUACACUAUUGUAACCAUGCCUUCAUUGUUAGUCAAAGGUCAUGGUUGCUAUACUGGGUCCAGGCUAGGGACAUUAUUCUGAUUCUUAGGACUAGUUCUUGUUUGCAUAUAAUUGUUUUUAAUCUUCUGUUUUUUAUGCAAAGUCUGUUUUAGAAAGAUAUAUACAUGUAGUUCUUUUAACUGUUACACUGCUUCAAAAGUUAUAUUGGAUUGUUUUUACUUUGUAUUUAAUUUUACUAUUAUGUUAUGCUAGAAUAUAUCAUGACCUUUGAGUUGUUAUAUUUGCAAGUUAUUACACACCGAGUCAGUUGCGUCAGUAAUUAAUGAGUAAAGUAAUACCCAAAGUGGAUAUGUCUUUGAUUGAGAAAAUGUUAUGUUUAAGUUUUUAGCUCACCUGUCACAAAGUGACAUGGUGAGCUUUUGUGAUUGCUUUUUGUCCAGCGUCCAGAGUUAAGAUACUUUUCUUUUUUUAAUGCGUUUAUUUAAGGUCGCCGCCGGAAAGCCCAUAUGGGCCACCGUACACUCAAGUCGGGCCAUCCUAGAGCGUCCCGCCGAGAUUUUUUCGUCAAUUUUUUUCCAGCUUUUAUUGGUGGAGGAAGACCCCAGGUGCCCCUUUUGGCAUUAUUUCAGGCACAAGCGGGCACCUGGGUAGAACCAUCGACAUUCCAUAAGCCAGCUGGAUGGCUUCCUCACAUGAAAGAUUUCGACCCGACUGAGGAUCGAACCUACAGCGGUGAGGGACCUGUGAUCUCAAGUCAGCGACCUUAACCACUCGGACACGGAGGCCCCCCAAUUAAGAUACUAAGCAUGAAAUAUCUUCAAAAUGAGUGUCUACCAAGUUUGUUCAAACAAAAGCCCUGAGGUCAAAAUUUGGAUGUCAUUGUUUUUCCCUAUAUGUGUAUAUAAUAAACUUUAAGAGCUGGAGCUUAAAUAUUUGGCAUGAACAUCGUCUAGUCAUUGUCUAUCAAGUUUAUUCAAAUAAAAGCCCCUGGGUUAAAAUUGGCCUAUAUACAGGUGAGCGAUUUCAGGGCCAUCAUGGCCCUCUUGUUGUAAAAGUUCAAAUGUAUGCAAAACUUCAAUAUGAUUAAGACAGAUAUGGUAAAUGAACUAAGUAUUUCUGUUUUAACUCCUGUGAUGAUGUCGCUUAUAUGAGCCGCGUCACGACAAAACCAACAUAGUUGGUUUGUGACCAGCAUGGUCACUGCCUCCGCGCAGUCUGAUCAGGAUCCAUGCUGUUCGCUAUCAAUUUCUCUACUUGUUAUAGGGUUGGUAAGCGAACAGCAUGGAUCCUGAUCAGACUGGUCUGGAUCCAUGCUACUCGCAAACCCAUUAUGUUGGUUUUGUCAUGAGGCGGCUCAUAUGUGUUACUAGAGGCAUAUUUAUGCGUAAACUUCCAUACAGUCUGAUCCAUUUCUAUUUGUUGGUUAAUUUACUCUAAUAUAAAGAAAUCAUCAAAAAUAUAUGUUCUAAUUAGGAUAAGAAUAUCUCCAUGUACAAAUUCAGCAGUUAAAACUUUAUUGAUAACAAACAACAAAUUUAUUUGACUCUAAUGAUGUUUUUUUCUUCCCAAAGUAUUGAAAAAUUACAAAAAUAAAACUUUAUUGAUAACAAACAAAAAAUUAUUUGACUCUAAUGAUGUUUUUUUUCCAAAGUAUUGAAAAAUUACAAAAAUAAAA